AUGAGUAUGCAAUAUCAAAUGGCAGCAUUAAAUUAUGUAAAUCCAAGGUACCGACGACAAAGAACCAUCACGGCGGGUCGUACCACACCCCGAAGACUUAAUGCGGAUGUGGAUGAUGGUGAUGAAGCUGAAGUAGAAGACUGA